AUGGUGCAGCCAAGCACGCGAGGAUGGAAGGCCAUGACGUUUGGCCUGCUCUCCAUCCUCACCGGAUCAGCUCUCGCAGGGCCAGACCUGACGUCCAAACACGAGAAGGGAAGAUGCGCGAUCCGCGGGCAAUGCGGGAAGCAGAGCUUCUUCGGGUCAGAGCUGCCCUGCCCUGACAACGGCCCGGCCAAGACGCCGGACAGCGAUGUGCGGAAGAAGCUGGUCGACAUCUGCGGCAGUCAGUGGUCAGACACCGACAUUUGCUGCGACGAAGACCAACUCGACGCCCUCAAGACGAACCUCGACCGCGCCACGCCCAUCAUCAACGCCUGCCCUGCCUGCAAAGAGAACUUCUACAACCUCUUCUGCACAUUCACCUGCUCUCCCGACCAAUCCACCUUCAUCAACGUCACGCGAACCGAGCCCAAAGGAGACAAGUACCUGGUCACCGAACUAGACAACCUGGUAUCUGACAAGUACGCGUCAACCUUCUACGACAGCUGUAAGGAUGUCAAGUUCGGUGCGACAAACGGCAAGGCUAUGGACUUUAUUGGAGGUGGCGCAAAGAACUAUACACAAUUCCUGAAGUUUCUGGGCGACAAGAAGUUUCUGGGUUCGCCCUUCCAAAUCAACUUUCCUCGGCCCAGCGAAGACGAGUUCCCUGGAAUGGAUGCCAUGAACAAACACGCCUACCCAUGCGACACUGACGACGAGAAGUAUCGUUGCGCCUGCCUCGACUGUGGUGGAUCAUGCACUGAACUGCCAGAAGUGCAAGAGGAGAAGCAAUGCCACGUCGGUCUGCUGCCCUGCCUAUCCUUCGCUGUCAUCAUCAUCUACUCCUUCUUCCUCGGCUUGCUCUGCACUGCUGUCGCAGGACACGUUGCUUACAAGAAUCACUCGAAACACAAGACCGAGCGUAUGCGCCUGUUGCAGGACACGAGCCCUAGCGACGAUGAGGACGAGGGCGAUAUCGUACACAACGUUGGCAUGCUGGAUCGCCCCACUAAGCACUACUUCAUCAAUACGUGGUGCGAUCGCAUGUUCAGCCGUCUCGGUUACAUCUGCGCUCGCUUCCCUGCCAUUACCAUCGUCACCAGCGUCAUUGUGGUUGGCCUGAUGAGCUUGGGAUGGUUGCGCUUCCAGAUCGAGACCGACCCUGUCAAUCUAUGGGUCUCUCCUGAUUCCGCUGCCGCGCAAGAGAAGACCUUCUUCGAUGAGAAAUUCGGCCCCUUCUUCCGUGCUGAACAGGCUUUCCUUGUCAACGAUACCCACGGACAAGCCGGACCCGUUCUCAGUUACGAGACUUUGGAUUGGUGGUUUGGCGUUGAGAACCAGAUCCAGCGUCUUAAGUCUUACGAGCACGGCGUCACUCUCGACAAGGUCUGCUUCAAGCCAGUAGGCGACGACUGUGUUGUUCAGUCUGUGACUGGAUACUUCCAAGGCGACUUUGCCAAUGUCUCUCCCGACAGCUGGCAAGACGACCUACUGCAAUGUGUCGACAACCCUUCUCAGUGCUUGCCAACCUUCCAGCAGCCGCUCGACCCUCAUCUUCUCUUUGGUGGCGUCAACGAGACCGUUCUGGACGCGAAAGCGCUCGUCGUUACAUGGGUUGUGCAGAAUUUUCCCAAGGGCACCCCAGAAGAACAGCGCGCCAUGGACUUUGAGAACGAGAUGAAGAACUACCUCAAGUUCGUGUCUGAUGAAGCUCACAAGAGAGGUCUCCGACUGAGUUUCAACACUGAGGUCAGUCUUGAGCAGGAGCUGAGCAAGAGCACCAACACGGAUGCCAAGAUCGUGGUCAUCAGCUACAUCAUCAUGUUCCUGUAUGCAUCCCUGGCUUUGGGCUCUACCACGCUCACCGUAAAAUCUGUUCUUCGCAACCCAGCGAACGCAUUCGUACAGUCCAAGUUCAUGCUCGGUACUGUUGGCAUUCUGAUUGUGCUCAUGUCUGUGUCUGCAUCGGUCGGAUUGUUCUCGGCAGCAGGUAUCAAAGUCACCCUGAUCAUCGCAGAGGUUAUUCCGUUCCUUGUUCUGGCUGUUGGUGUUGACAACAUCUUCCUCAUUGUACACGAGUUUGAGCGCAUCAACAUCAGCCACCCCGAAGGCAGCAUCCCAGAACGUGUAUCACGUGCACUUGGACGCAUGGGGCCUUCUAUUCUGCUCUCUGCGCUCACAGAGACCACCGCAUUCGCUCUUGGGUGUGCCGUAGGGAUGCCUGCCGUGCGAAACUUCGCCGCGUACGCUGCAGGCGCUGUCUUCAUCAACGCUAUCCUCCAAGUCACCAUGUUCAUUGCUGUUCUAGCUCUGAAUCAGCAACGUGUGGAGAACAACCGAGCUGACUGCUUCCCGUGUGUUCGUGUCGGUCGUGCUGAUCCCGGAUACCUAAACGGCGGCAUGGGAUACGGCGCUGGUGAGGAAGGCGCACUUCAGCGAUUCAUCCGCAAGACCUAUGCUCCGGCGAUAUUGGGAAAGAAGACGAAGGUCGGCAUCAUUGCGCUAUUCUUUGGAAUCUUCACGGCUGGUCUCGCCCUCUUCCCAAGUGUGGAGCUAGGCCUUGAUCAACGCAUUGCUAUCCCCAGCGAUUCUUAUCUCAUUCCUUACUUCAACGAUCUUUACGACUACCUAGAUGUCGGCCCGCCAGUCUACUUUGUCACCAAGGAGCUGAACGUUACCGAACGGAAGCCUCAAAAGGAGCUUUGUGGACGCUUCUCCACCUGCGAUCGAGAGAGCUUGGCCAACAUCAUCGAAGCGGAGCGCAAGCGACCUGAGGUCUCGCAUCUCGCAGCUUCAGCCGCCAACUGGCUUGAUGACUUCUUCCUAUGGCUCAACCCCGAGAACGAGAAGUGCUGCGUCGACGACAAAGGCAAGCCGUGUUUCCAGGGUCGUCAACCACCUUGGAACAUGACUUUGUCGGGCAUGCCCGAAGGCGAGGAGUUCAUCCACUAUCUCCAACUCUGGAUCGACGCACCGACUACAGAAGACUGCCCGCUAGGAGGAAAGGCUGCUUACUCUGACGCUCUAGUCAUUGACUCGAAGCACCUCACCAUCCCCGCAUCACACUUCCGCACUUCGCACACGCCGCUCCGCUCGCAGAGUGACUUCAUCUCUGCCUACACGGCCGCACGACGCAUUUCGAAAGAAAUCUCCAAGGACGUCGACACGGAAGUCUUCCCCUACUCCAAGUUCUACAUCUUCUUCGACCAAUACACUACCAUCGUCCGUCUAGCCGGCGCCCUCAUCGGCUCCGCCCUCGCCGCCGUCCUCGUCAUCACCACCAUCAUGCUCGGCUCCCUAGCCACAGGUCUCGUCGUCACCCUUGUGGUCGGCAUGACAGUCUCUGCCAUCAUCGGCUCCAUGGCUGUCCUCGGCGUAUCCCUCAACGCCGUCUCGCUCGUCAACCUCAUCAUCUGCGUCGGUAUCAGCGUUGAGUUCACAGCGCACAUUGCCCGUGCAUUCACCUUCCCCAGCCGCGCUACCAUGGAGAAGGCACCCAGACACCGCUUCCGCGGUCGUGACGCCCGCGCUUGGACCGCCAUGGUUAACGUCGCAAGCAGCGUCAUCAGCGGUAUUACCAUCACUAAGAUCCUCGGCGUGGGUGUCUUGGCUUUCACGAGGAGUAAGAUCUUCGAGAUAUACUACUUCCGCGUUUGGGUCGCCCUCGUUCUUUGGGCUUCAACACACGCUCUUGUUCUCCUCCCCGUUCUCCUAUCAUUGGUGGGAGGUGGAGGCUACGUCGACCCAGAGAGUGAUGGCGGGCUUGAACAGGAUCUUAGAAGACGCCAGUACCCUGCGCUACUCGCUGAGGACGACGAGUAUGAUAGCGAUGACUAG